AUGGUACAUCUGUCCACAAGUGCUCUACCUUAUGUCUGGGCCCUUGUCGAUCUUCCACUUCCGCGAGAAAAAGCGGAGGAAAAAACAAAACCCAGAUCUGCGAAUCUGGAAGAGAAUAAUGCGAUGGGUUGGGGCGGACCAAUAAGAGACAGAGAAAGGUCAAGACUCAAUACAAGAUUCGAUCCGGGCAUAUCGGAAAUCUGCCAUUCAGCCAUGGCCAUACAUGUUUCGAAUUCGAUCGAAGCCUCGACAUGGGGAAAAUUAAUUCCGACACUUGCAUGUCCCGCAGGAGAGUUGAGUAGUGUAGUAGCGGGUGCUAGAGUGGUGUGGUUUACUCUUAAUAAUCACUGCACGCAGAGCGAAAGGAGGGUCAAUGAGGUCAUGUUAAUUGAAGCCACAAGGGUUUCGGAAUGUGCGAAGUUAUCGAAGCUGGGAGUGCGUGAGGUAAGGCGAUAUACAGGUCAAUUCGAAUGA